UCCCCCCGCCGUCAUCCGGACUUAUUUUGAUUCUUCUGGCGGAGGAGGGGGGGGGGACGUUCGCUUCGGAGAAGAGCCGAGCGGAGCGGCAGGGGCGGAUGCUGCGAGCGUAGCGGCUGGGUACCAACCGGGAGCAUCAGCGGCGCACUCAGCACGAUGGACAGAAUGAAUUUUCUCUCCUUCCUCCUCCUUUGCUUGACUUCGGUUGCCACUGGCAACAAAGCCAAUAAGCACAAGCCAUGGAUCGAGACGGAGUACCAGGGGAUUGUCAUGGAGAACGACAACACCGUGCUGCUCAACCCCCCUCUCUUUGCCCUCGACAAAGAUGCUCCACUUCACUAUGCGGGUGAAAUCUGCGGCUUCAGGGUUCACAAUGGCCCCUCGGGUUCAGGCACGGUCCAGUUUGAAGCCGUGGUCCUGGACCGCUCCACCGGGGAGGGCCUGGUCCGGUCCAAGGAGCCGCUGGACUGUGAGAGCCAGCGAGAGCACAGCUUCACCAUCCAGGCCUACGACUGCGGCGAGGGGCCCGAUGGAGUCAACAGCAAGAAGUCUCACAAGGCCACGGUGCAUGUUCGUGUGAACGACGUCAAUGAGUUCUCCCCCGUGUUCGUGGAGCGUCGCUACGAGGCCUCGGUCCCAGAAGGGCGUCUGUUCGACCGAAUCGUGCGCGUGGAGGCCCUGGACGCCGACUGCUCCCCGCAGUACAGCCAGAUCUGCUUCUAUGAUAUCAUCACUCCCAAUGUGCCCUUCGCCAUUGACAACGACGGUAACAUUAAGAACACGGAGCCUUUGGAUUCGAAGCGGCAGCGCGUUCACACCUUCUGGGUGACCGCCUUUGACUGUGGGAAGAACCGAGCCCAGGCUGACGCCCAGGUCGUCGUCACGGUCAAGCCGUCCUGCAAACCCGGAUGGAUCGGAUGGACCAAACGUGUGGAGUACACACCGGGGUCAGGCAGCAUCCCCCUGUUUCCCAGCCUGCACCUGGAGACCUGUGAAGAGACGGUGUGGAACAUCCAGGCCACCGUAGAGCUGCAGACCGGACACAUCGGGAAGGGCUGCGACAGGGACAGCUACUCCGACAGAUCGGUUCGACGGCUGUGCGGUGCUGUGCGAGGAGAGGUCGACCUCCUCCCCCCUCCUUCUCCCGCCGCCAACUGGACCUCCGCUCUGCCCACCCUCCCCUCCUCGGACUCGUCCCUCGUCUUCUCCUUCAACGGGUCCAAUCACGUCGCCGUGGUGCCCGACUCGGUGGUGUCCGCGCUGUCGGGCGACCACUUCACGCUGCAGCUGUGGAUGCGAAGGGGCGGCGCCAACAUCCAGGCCGCCGCCACUCAGACCAGAGGAAGCCGCAAAGAAGAGGAGACCAUCGUGUGCAGCACCGUCAAGAACGACGACUCCUUCUCCCACUACUCCCUCUCCGUCCACGGCUGCCGGCUCUCUCUCUUCUACUGGCCUGACGUCUCAGCCGCUCGGCCCGUCAAGUUCCUGUGGAAACUGGAGCAGGUGUGCGACAGUGAGUGGCAUCAUCUUUCACUCAGCGUCCAGUUCCCCUCGGUGACCCUUUAUGUGGACGGCGUGACCUUCGACCCCGCCCUCAUCCACGACAACGGAGCCAUCCCGAACCCCGCCCCCCGCCAGAGGAUGUUCAUCGGAGCCUGCUGGGAGCCCGAGGAGAAGCAGAAGGAGAUACUAAACAACACCAUCCCAGAGGGUAAAGACUCAGUGAAGUACGUGGGCGGCUACCAUGGGCUGCUGUCCGGGGUGACGGUGCGCCCGGGCAGCGUGGAGCCUCACAGCGUGGUGGAGUGUCUGUACGCCUGCAGGGAGGGGCUGGACUUUGGAGACCUGGAGACGCUGGGCUCCGGCAUGAAGGUCCACGUGAACCCCAGCCAGUCUGUGCUGGUGUUGGAGGGAGACGACAUCGAGAGCUUCAACCGCGCCGUGCAGCAGGUCACCUACAGGAACUCUCUCCGCUUCGCCACCCCCGGAGUCCGCCCCCUCAAGCUCACCACCUCGCUCAGAUGUUUCAACGAGGAGAGCUGCCUGUCCCUCAAACAGCUGGAGGGAUACCUGGUGGUCCUCCAGCCGGACGCCCCCCAGAUCUCUCUGUCCGGCGUCGGCCCUCACCUGGCCCGUCCCGCUCCUGAAUUCGAAGGCUCCCGCGGCGUCCCCCUCUUCCCCGAGCUGCGGAUCGUCUGCUCCCUGUCUCAUGCCGUGAACACAGCUGCACAGGGGAUGGAGGGUGGAGCUCUGAUGUCCGACGCCGUGGCUCACACUCUGGACGGCUGCGAGGUGCAGCCGCUCGGCGAGGAGCUGAACCCCGACAGGGAGGAGCUGCUGGUAGACAUGGACGUGGUGCGAGAGAGGGGGCUGGAGAUCAUCAACACCACUGCUUACAUCGCCAUCACAGGCGCUGAGUCCAUCUCCGUCUACGAAGACGUCCUUCGCUCGGUCCGGUACCGCCUGGCCAAAGGCUCGGCCCGCUUUGAGAGGCGGUUCCGCCUGUCCUGCUCUGAGAUGAACGGCAGGUACACCAGCAAUGAGCUGACUCUGGAGGUGAACUUCCUACAUUCCUUGGACAGUUUAUACCACCCGUCCCACUUGCUGGCCUCCCAGCAGCAGUUUCUCCAUCCGUCCCACCAUGCUGGAGAGCUGAGUGGACACACCUUACCCAACCCACACCGCAACUCAGUGGUGCCUGGAGCAGCCACUGUCAUCAUCAUGGUGUGCGUUGGUUUUCUGGUUGUCAUGGUGAUUCUGGGUGUUUUCCGAAUUCGCUCCAUCCAUCGUCGAGGAGAAGGCUCCAGAGGCGGGGCUAAGGAGGGCAGCAGCCAGUGGGAUGACUCUGCGCUCACCAUCAUCGUCAAUCCCAUGGAGUCCUACGAGUCUCGCAUGGGUAUUUCUGCCGACACAGAAGGGGAGGGGGAGGAGGACGAAGAGGUUGCGGAGUCACCUGACGACGCCAGCGAUGACCAGCGAAUCAUCAUCAAGAAAGAGGGCAGGGACGCAAACGCCCGCCGCUACUGAGCCACAUGUAUCAGUGCACCAGUUCUCAUGGAAACCACAAAUCAGCUCACCAGUCACACACUCCGACACUUUUAAUAUCAACUACUGCUGACACCACUAGUAUAAGGAAUGUAUGCUUACAAACACGACGCACAACACAGUCACUGUAACAUCCUCGACACUCUGCGCCAUGAUUUUCCUUUCUCCAACGAGGGGCUGCUAAUCUCCACCUAAAUGUUUGAUGGCACAAUGUAUACAGUUAAUGUAAAUCAAACCACCUGACUGAACCCCACCGAAAUUACAUGUGGUGCACCAGUUCUGAAUCACAAAAUGGUCAUGUGUUUGUAUAGUGUAACACCGAUUGAAUGAGAUUGUUUUGUUUAAAGAAAAUGAAAAAAUGAUUGUACUAUAUCUUUUGUUAUCGAACACAGAUUAAGAUCUUUAUUAAAUGUAAACUGGAGAAUUUUGCAACAUACAGGCCUUGAGUAGAUCCGUAGGCAACGAUACGCGCCUUGAUCCCAACUCAUCUCUGAACCUCUUCAUCAGACCGACUUGCCAAGUCUGUGCACAAGCUCUUCGCUCACUCUCUGCAUCCUUUCUUGGCACAUUCCUUCGCCACUUCCAAACAAAGAGUGAAGUCAGUGAGGUCAGACAUCAUGGUCACUUAGUCAUAAACCCCGUAAUCUGACUUAUCCUCGCAGGCGUUUUUCUUUUUGUGUUGUGAGCCUUCAGUGCUUCGGCUGCAUUCUGUCUGGAGCUGACGAUAAGAUUCAAGGACUGAUCAACGAUUCACCUCAUCCGCUGCACAAGCCGCGACUCCUGCAAUACUCCAAAAAAUAAAGAGCACGGGUGUUCAGUGCAUGCACAUCACUGUGGUUUCUGCAUCGGACUGGAGUGUUUGCAGAGUCUCGGCUUGUGCCAC